AUGUCUAACAAUAAUAUGAGAGAACUCUCGAGCAUAGCUGGCAUACAUAUCACUCAACAGCUUCAAUAUGAAGAAAUUCAACAAUUAACCCAUGCAACUUCAGCAUCUACAAAAGCACUGAAAGAAUGCUUAGAUGCCUUCACAUAUUUCAAUACUUCUGAUCUCACUCUCUACUCAUCAUGGAGAAUGAAAAUGCUUGCAAAACUGAGUGUAGAUGAAGAUGUCAUCAGUUCAUUAAUCAAUCAAGAUUGA